UAGUAAUAACCGGGACUCCCGGGAAAUUUUUUUCGGGAACGGGAAUUCCCGGGAGAUAUUUGACACAGAACUCGCCGGGAGUGGGUGGGAAAACGAGAAUUUUUCCGGGAAUGGGACUCCUCGGGAGAAAAAUUUACUCCCGAUGGACUCACUACUUCACUCUCCACCGGUGUCUCAAGCCAAUUUUUGACUUAAGAUAGCUAUCUUAAGUGCAGUGUAGAAGAGGCAUUACUGCCGUCAAGUCAAGUCGCACAGCGUGGUGUCGGCGUGCAGAAAUUUUGAGUUUUUAAGUGGUUACGAUUUUGGAUUUUGAUUUGGAAUCGGAAACGACUGAUCAGCACUCGACAGUUCUUUUCAGGUUUCUGCGUAAUACAAAAAUUUAAAACCAAAGCAUCAUAGUCGUCCUGCCAUAAAAACUGUGUUUAUGGAAGUUUUGGAGAAUAAGAUUGAGCACGUAAUCGGCUAAAAUUGCCUUUUUGUUGAUGAUACCAUGGCGGAUUUGCCGGAACAACAACAAGGCGGAGGCAGAGUUAGGAGACAGAAUUCAGCAUCGCCUUCAACUCGUCGCUUGCCGAAGAAACAUAAAGGUGCACACUGUUCAGAGUGCGGUGUUGAUUUAGAUCUCGCAGAUGUACUUUCUAUCGAGGGAGAAGAUGAAAUUCUGGCGCUUCGCACGUUUUCCCAACUUCCUGAAAAACUUCAUCCAGUAACUGAUGAAAAGUUACCUAAUUUCAGCAUUGAAGAAGUCACAUUCUUCUGCGGAAAUUUGCAUAGCUGUGGUUUAGACGAACGUCUGGUAGAGAAGGAUAAGACCGUUUAUAUGUCUGGAUACUUGCAAGACUAUGACCGCUCCACCCCAACCAACACCACAGAUGGCCCAUUCAUCAAAAUGUCCAGCAAAAUCCAGGAGUUAUUCACACCUGGGCUUGGUUCUUCUGAGAUCUUCUUGAGCGUGUUUACUGAGCAUGCCCAUUACAAAAUCCUCUCAUUCAACACAGAGACUGAGCCAUUAGUCAAGAAAACUCUCAACAAGAUUUACUGGGCCAAUCACUUCCUAAGAUCCUUGAUGACCAUGAGCGGCCAAACUCUGGAAGAAAUAGUCGGAAACUUCUCUCCUACAGGACCAAUGGCUCACCUGCUGGAUAUGCCAACUAUACAAGAUUUCGUAGAGAAUGGUCUGUUUAUCCUUAAACAAGUCCUGAACUACGUGAUGGAAGCAAAUGAAGAUGGCAGCGAUGAUGCCCAUCUUCUAGAACAGGAGAGCUUUGAGACAUUCUGCGACUUGGCUGCACUGAAUUACAAACGGAUAAAGAAGAAGGAGAGUCCAAAUGGUAGGAUUGUAAAAGUGUCGGUCGCCAAGCCCACCAACACUCCACUAGUCUACGAGGUCUUCUCUAGGACAUUCGAAGAAACGAAGGAGAUGCACCAAGAGAAAGAGAAUGUUUUCAGCAAAAUGGACGCACUCAAUGAAGUCGGAUAUGCGUCUGUGCAGUUACCAACAGACUUUGUCACGUUCAAGUAUGAGAAGCCACUGAAAGUUGGGGGAACAAAGUUGAAAGAACCCUAUGUCGGCCGUGUCAUAUACAAAAAUGGAGACUUCUGUCAUAUUCAGGUGUUCAUGAGAAGCUCGGAAUCAUUUCUGAGACAGAUAGCUGAGAAAGAGGAAUACUUCGGAACUCAUCUGUGCAUUGAUGUGCCAAAUUCAAAUAUCAUCAGCUACAGGCCACAACUGAAACACAGGACUGAUUUUGAGGCAGAGAGCAACAAAAAUGGAAUGGAGUUUUAUCAAAUGAGACAUGAUGCAGAGAGAGGAGUCUUUACAAGUCUGGAACCGAGAAUGGGGCCGAAUUGUGAUUUGUGCGAAGAAAAAGAGAAGAUAAGAGUGGAGCAGAUGGUCCAGUUGACAAAUUUUGGCUUUGAGCUCAAAGGAAACACUUACGGUGUUGGUUCAUAUGCUCUAACCAAGAGACUAGUCUCUUCUAUUCCUGACCCAAAUCCAGUCACAACGAGAGUUUAUGAUAAUUGUCCAGAGUCGUACCGUGUGGAUAAAAGUAGGACUGAGGAGAAAGAAUUCUCGGUUUUAGGUGUUUGCCAGAUUUUGGAAUAUAGAGUCAAUGGGGAUAAAGUGUUACUCCAAGCCAAGGAUGUGCAGCUGAAAGUUAGGAUUUUCAGGAGACGAAGCGACACACAUAUCCCUGACCAUAAUAGACAAUUCAAUUCAAUUGAAUGUCCCCAUGAGUUGUACUAUACAGAUGACUCUAAAAAGAUCUCAGCAGAUGAGAUUCUUGGUCCAGCCUAUGUGGCUUACAGAGGUCGUCUGCCUGAUAUAAAUAAAUGGGUUCAGGGAGGUGACAGUAGAUUCUACUACUCUGAGAAGUACUCUUUGCGAACCAACACAACUUCAAAGGUUCCUCUUGAAGCAAAACAUUCCAUUGGCUGCAUAGACCUAGAGACAAAGAGACCUGCUGGCGCACCAUGUCACAAAUUGCCGACUGAGAAACUAAAUACAUUUGAUAUUUUUGCUGGUUGCGGCGGUUUCUCAUUUGGGUUACAUGAGGCAGGCUUGUGCGACAUCAAAUGGGCUGUCGAGGUUGACUUUGAUGCUGCCCAGGCAUAUAGCAAGAACUUUGAAGAUGCAACCGUUUUCAAUGAAGAUGCAAAUCAGAUGUUAGCCAAUAUGAUGGAGGGAAAGAUCAAAAACUCCGAUGAUGACAUUUAUCCAAAAAGGGGUCAGGUGCAGAUGAUUGUGGGAAAUCCACCCUGUCAAGGAUUCUCGAAGCUAAAUCAGUUAUCCAAAUGCCAGGCUGCAUUAUUCCAGAGCUCUUUAGUGUCAACCUACUGCAGCUACAUUGAUUUUUUCAAGCCGAAGUUCUUUAUUUUCGAGAACGGCGAGAAAUUUGCCUCUGCUCAGCAGAGCACGUAUCUGAAGAUAGUCAUUGCUUGCUUUUUGAAGAUAGGAUACCAGAUUCGAAUUGGAAUCCUGCAAGCAGGUGAAUAUGGAGUGCCACAAGCUCGCCAAAGGACCAUCAUCCUGGGGGCUCUUCCUGGCAACGAGCUGCCCCGCUUCCCCAAAAUAACUCAUGUUCUAAACCAUAGAAAGCAUUCUCUCACUUUGAAUGGCCAGCUGAUUGAAGACGGCACCACCAUUGUUAGCCAAAAGUGCAGGGACGCACCAUUCAGAUCCUUAAAUGUUUAUGACGCCGUUUCAGACCUCCCGGACAUCCCCAGCAAGGGUCAAGUGUUAAGAAACUGCGGAUACUUGCCAUGCAAGUCAAAAUUCCAAGCAAAGGCUCGAGAGCAUUCAACAACCUUGAAGGACCAUGUAACCAGAAGUUUGCCACCUCUCUACAAAGCCAGGGUGUCUCUUAUUCCACCUUGCGGAGACUGGAGAUAUCUGCCAAACAUUGAACUUCGUUUGGCAGAUGGCUCAUCAGCAACUUUACUCGAGUACCACGAAAGCAACGGCAUCAAAGGAGUUUGCCCUUGCCUGUCAAGUCAAGAGAAGGGCAAGCUAAAGCCUGAUUGUGUGAGAGGAAAGACAAAUUCCAUCAUUCCGUGGUGCCUCCCUCACACAGCAGACAAGCAUGUUCAGUGGGCUGGAUGUUAUGGAAGAGCAAACCCAUUUGAGCCAUUCGAGACAACUGACACCACUCCAGAGCCAAUGGGGAAGCAGCGACUGCAUCCUGCACAUAACAGAUGCUUUUCUGUACGUGAAUAUGCACGGUCUCAAGGGCUCCCAGACCACUUUGAGUUCAGUGGACCUCUGCACGCCAAGUACCGCCAGGUUAGCUCUGCUUUUCCUCCGCCUCUUGCCAAGAAGAUUGGGAUGUGUUUCCCGUGAUGUUCAGGGUGAAGUUCCUAUUACCUUCGAAUAGGCUGUGCGCGGUUGUAAAUACACAGGAAGGCUUACUUUUAGUGUCGCGGGGGAGCGAGCGAGCAAAGCAGAGCAGGCGCGUAGACCGCGAGCGCGGCCUCGAGUUGAGGCUCGUCGGCGGCGCGGCUCAACAGUC